AAGGUCGCGUUUUUAUUUUUAUUGUGUAUUACGAUUAUUUUAUACCUAUUUGAUUAUUAUUAAAACGUUAUAUUACUUUGUUUAGGACUUUGGCUUCAUGGUGUACCGAUAUCUCAGUCAAAUUCGUAUUGUUAGAACAAUUUUAACACCGCAGGUUUGUUCGCAACACUUUGUUAGAAAAUUUUCCACAAAGUUAAGGAAAAUGGAAGCAGUAAAAACAUUAAAAGACUUGGGUUAUGCCUUCAAUAGUGCGGGCCAGCUUCGCAAAGUUGGUGAAAACGGAGAAUUAACGGAGCAACCGUUCCAAUUCAACAUAAGCGACAACCACCAGGAAUGUCAGUCCCACUACGAAGACAUUGGCAACUCUAUAACUCCGUUUAUUUAUCACCUUCUGGAGACACAAGAGAGCUUGAUACGGUUGCCAGUACCCAAAGAUAGAAAGGAUGGGACAUUUAUAUUUGUGUCUGAGGAUUAUGAUAAGAAAGACACCUUGUUGGUGUUAAUACAUGGAUCGGGUGUUGUGAGAGCUGGUCAAUGGGCAAGAUCGUUAAUAAUAAAUGAAAACAUAGAUUAUGGCUCACAAAUACCUUAUAUCAGAAAGGCUAUUGCUCAAAAUUAUGGAGUGCUUGUAAUGAACACAAAUGAUAAUUUUACAAAUGAUGGUAAGAAAAUACCAAAAUCAAACAGUCCAGAAGAACAUGCCUUGUAUGUGUGGGAAAUAUAUGUGGCUAAAACGAAAGCCACUUCGGUUCUCAUAGUGGCCCAUAGUUAUGGAGGAGUUGUCACUGUAAUGUUGGCUGAUAAGAUGAAGAAGGACUUUGAGAAGAGAGUGAAGGCAAUCGCAUUUACUGAUUCGGUUCAUGGCUAUUCAAAUACGAAAAUUUCGAAGCAUAUGAAACAGAUUACUAGGAAUUGGAUUUCAAGUAAUGAACCCAUAGACACUCCAAUGAAAACCCCUGAUUAUGAUGUACCUAGAGUUUCUGCAGGUCAUCCAAAACAUGAAAUGACAUCACAUUCCAGUAUUAAUUCUGUUUUUAAUUUUUUUUGUGAUAUGUUAAAAUAAAAAUCAAUUUUGAUACAUAUUUUUUUGUAUUUAAUUACAUUUAAAGCUUAAAUAAAUAUAUUUUUUUAAAUCUA